CAACUGUCUCAGAGGCUCUGUCUGUCCCCAGAGCCUGACUCCGCGCCAGGACCAGGGAGGCUGUUCCAACGUUAACUAUCCCGAAGUACUGCGGUGGCCCCCUCCCCCGCCCCUGCGCGCCUGGGAGGGGAGUCGGGCCCGAGGUUGGCUCUCUCCGCACGGUGUCUGGGCGUGGGCCCCCGCCGCAGCUCCGUCGAGCCUCCGUGUCUCCUGCUAAGGGGGGCGGGGGGAGCCUCGGCAGCAGAGCCCUGGGCUGCGGCUUCCUUCCCCGCGCAGAGUCUCCUGCGCACAGCCUACCAGGAAGCCAGCCCCAGUCCCUGGUCCCCACGCCGCAGCGCGCCGGGCCUGGCCGCGGACCCCAGAACAAUCAACCAUGACGACUGAAUCAGGAUCAGACUCGGAAUCCAAGCCAGACCAGGAGGCUGAGCCCCAGGAGGCGGCGGGUCCGCAGGGGCAGGCGGCAGGGCCACAGCCCGGGCAGCAGGAGCCCCCGAGUGGGAACAGUGAGGAGCAGCCUGGGCUGGAACAGUUCGAGGCCGAGGCCGCAGCAGCACACAGCACCCCAGUGCGGAGGGAGGUCACUGACAAGGAACGGGAGUUUGCUGCUGCAGCUGCAAAACAGCUCGAGUAUCAGCAAUUAGAAGACGAUAAACUGUCUCAGAAGUCGUCCAGCAGUAAGCUCUCCCGGUCCCCAUUGAAGAUCGUGAAGAAACCUAAAAGUAUGCAGUGUAAGGUGAUACUCCUGGAUGGGUCAGAAUACACCUGUGACGUGGAGAAACGUGCCAGGGGGCAAGUGCUGUUUGAAAAAGUUUGUGAACACCUGAACCUGCUAGAAAAAGACUACUUUGGCCUCACAUAUCGAGAUGCUGAAAAUCAGAAGAACUGGUUGGACCCUGCUAAGGAAAUUAAAAAACAGAUUCGAAGUGGUGCUUGGCAUUUUUCAUUUAAUGUGAAAUUUUACCCGCCAGACCCUGCCCAGCUAUCUGAAGAUAUCACCAGGUACUACCUCUGCUUACAGUUGCGCGAUGACAUCGUGUCUGGAAGACUGCCCUGCUCCUUUGUGACCCUUGCACUGCUGGGCUCCUACACAGUCCAGUCAGAACUUGGAGACUAUGAUCCUGACGAAUGUGGAAAUGACUACAUCAGUGAGUUCCGCUUUGCACCAAACCACACGAAAGAACUGGAAGAUAAGGUGAUUGAGCUGCACAAGAGCCACAGAGGAAUGACGCCAGCAGAAGCAGAGAUGCAUUUCUUGGAAAACGCCAAAAAGCUAUCCAUGUAUGGGGUAGAUUUACAUCAUGCCAAGGAUUCAGAAGGAGUAGAGAUUAUGUUGGGAGUCUGCGCAAGUGGCCUGUUGAUAUAUCGCGAUCGGCUGCGGAUAAACAGAUUUGCCUGGCCCAAGGUUCUAAAAAUUUCGUACAAACGGAACAACUUUUACAUUAAGAUCCGGCCGGGAGAGUUUGAACAAUUUGAAAGCACCAUUGGCUUUAAGCUGCCAAACCAUCGAGCCGCCAAGCGCCUGUGGAAAGUAUGUGUUGAACACCACACGUUUUUCAGACUGUUGUUACCAGAAGCACCUCCAAAGAAAUUCCUCACAUUGGGUUCCAAGUUCCGUUACAGUGGCAGAACGCAGGCGCAAACGAGAAGAGCCAGCGCGUUGAUAGACCGCCCAGCGCCUUACUUCGAACGCUCAUCCAGCAAACGUUACACCAUGUCUCGCAGCUUGGAUGGAGCAUCAGUGAAUGAAAACCAUGAAAUAUACAUGAAGGAUUCUAUGUCUGCUGCAGAGGUUGGUACUGGCCAGUACACCACAACAAAGGGCGUCUCUCAGACCAACUUGAUCACCACUGUGACUCCAGAGAAGAAGGCAGAAGAGGAGCAUGACGAGGAAGAGGACAGGAGGAGGAAGGCUGAGGAGACCACACCCGUCUCAGCCAUUCGGCACGAGGGAAAGUCACCUGAGCAUGGCACUGACUCAUGUCCCUUGUCAUCCCCAUCAGCCCAUUUUGACCCCGCAUCCCCCACAGAGCUCCGCAGGAGGUGUAAGGAGAACGAACGUGCAUCAGCGGGCUCCGCACUGCUCAAAGCCGAGCCCACCUUGGAGCCUGAUGGCCAAGGGAAGGCUUACUUGGGGGACCAAGAUGUGGCGUUUAGCUACAGGCAACAGACUGGUAGAGGGACCACACUGUUUUCCUUCUCCUUGCAGCUCCCUGAGUCAUUCCCCUCGCUCCUGGAUGAUGACGGAUACCUGUCUUUCCCCAACCUGUCUGAAACCAACCUCCUGCCGCAGAGCUGGCAGAACUACCUCCCCAUCCGCUCACCCUCCCUCGUGCCCUGUUUCCUCUUCAUCUUUUUCUUCCUGCUCUCUGCCUCCUUCUCAGUACCAUAUGCCCUCACUCUCUCCUUCCCUCUGGCUUUGUGCCUCUGCUACCUGGAGCCCAAGGCAGCCUCCUUGAGCGCCUCCCUAGACAAUGACCCGAGUGACAGUUCAGAGGAAGAGACUGACAGUGAGCGGACCGACACAGCGGCUGAUGGAGAAACCACCGCCACCGAGUCGGACCAGGAGGAAGAUGCCGAGCUCAAGGCGCAGAAUAGUCUGAUUAAGCGAAUAAAGGGUGAAAAUGUGUAUGUCAAACAUAGUAAUCUUAUGUUAGAGGAGCUAGAUAAAACUCAAGAUGAGCUGAUGAAACACCAAACCAACAUUAGCGAGCUGAAAAGAACCUUUUUAGAAACCUCCACGGAAACAGCCGUAACAAACGAAUGGGAGAAGAGGCUUUCCACCUCCCCUGUGCGACUGGCCGCCAGGCAGGAGGAAGCUCCCAUGAUUGAGCCACUCGUGCCUGAAGAGAUGAAAGAAGAGAGAGAGAUUUCUGAAAAAGUUAUAUUUUUGCAGCAAGGAAGUUCACCAUUCCUUGAGUCUCAGACUAAACAGUCCUCUGGGGAGAAGAUCAUGGAUGGCUCUGAGAUCUUCAGUUUAUUAGAGUCUGCACGCAAACCAACAGAAUUCAUAGGCGGGGUUUCGUCGUCUUCUCAAAGCUGGGUGCAGAAAGUGGAAACGGAGACAGAAUCCACUGAGACAGAGAUGGAGAAGACCUCGCCCCACCAGCCCCACGGCACUGAGAAAGUGGUGCAGGAGACCGUGUUGGUGGAGGAGAGGCGCGUGAUGAAUGUGCAUGCUAGGGGGGAUGCUCCUUACCCAGCCGGGGACAAAGCGGACAGUGUGGCACAGCCUGCAGCCACAGAUGCCCCCAGUGUGAAAGAGAAGGAGGGAUCUUCUGUGACCAGUGAAGCAGCUCAGAAAGAAAGAGAGGAGGCGGCUGAUGAGUCUGUCCAUGAACAGAAAGAGGCAGCCGCUGCUUCUCAUGAGAGGGAGCAGGAGCUGGGAGCGGCCAUUCACCAUCCUGAGACUGAGGAACCAAAACCACAUUUUCAGUCGUCAGCUGUGGAGAUGGAGAGCAUGAGUUUUGGCAGUGUUUCUCCAGGAGGCGUAAAGCUAGAAAUUUCUAGCAAGGAAGUGCCAGUCGUUCACACAGAAACAAAAACCAUCACAUACGAAUCCUCACAGGUGGACCCUGGGGCAGAUCUGGAGCCAGGUGUGCUAAUGAGCGCGCAGACGAUCACCUCGGAAACCACCAGCACCACCACCACCACUCACAUCACCAAAACAGUGAAAGGCGGUAUUUCGGAAACGAGAAUUGAGAAGCGGAUAGUCAUCACGGGAGAUGCCGACAUUGACCAUGACCAGGCACUGGCUCAGGCAAUUAAGGAAGCCAAAGAGCAGCACCCUGACAUGUCGGUGACCAAAGUAGUGGUGCAUAAAGAGACAGAAAUCACACCAGAAGACGGAGAGCACUGACCAGAGGAAUAACUUAGCUCGCACAUGCUAAGUGCCCAGUCAUGAAAACCGUUAGGAAAACCAGAGCCUAUAUGGAGUUCCCUCUUCUAACCCAACUGACUCGUAUCUGUCCAUGGAAAACUUCCAAUCCAGAAGAACUGACCUUGAUCAUGAGUAAAGACACUGGCAGAGAGAUCUUCCCAUAAUAAAGCAAUCCGAAUCAGCACCACUGAACUGACAUUGCAUGAAGCAACGAUAAAAUUACAAAAGAGAAACAUUUUUAAUUUUCACAAAACGUCUCUGUUUUCAACUCUACCUGCACGUUCAUAGCCGACACUAUAAACCGUGAUCUCAUGUAACAUAUCAACAACUCAUGCCUUUCAUAGUUUAUUAUUAUUGAAGUCUCAACAAAAUUACAAUUUCUUAGGUGACCAAUCUUUUGUUUACAGAUAAAUGAUGAUGAUUAUUCUAAAAUGCUAGAAGCUGUCUAGUCCUGGUGUGUCCUGUUUAUCCCAGAUUAGAUGUGCCAAUAAUCGAAUUUACUCACUAAACCCACUUGAGUCCUGACCUUGUUUCAUCUGGUUUUAUUCUGAGCCAUGCACAGUAAUCACUCUGUGACCCUCUGGGGAUAUGUAAUGCUUACAAUCUUGCUUUGUGUCUCUAAUUUAAUUCGUUAUAGGGUAGUACUGAUCUUAGUACAUUAAUGCCAUUUCUUCCUUGCUACUGUCUGGUGUGUGAUCCAUCCAGAAAGUUCCCAGAGUUCCCUAGCAAGCCCAAAUACGUAAAUUGUCAUUAUUUUGGGAAGAAAAACAUAUGGUUUUUGUUUGUUUACAACAUGAUGAAACGUCACUCCAGGAAAAUCUGUUGGACUUCUGUGGCUUUAUGGACUUUGUUUCUGUUUUUCCUUGUAUUUUUUUCAUUGAUAUUUCUUCUUUUACUUGAAAAAAAAAAAGAAACGUGUUUUAUUUCCAAAUCUGGUCCAUAUUUACAAUCUAGUUCAGAGCCGAGCCUUAAACUGUACAGAAUUUCCACUGUAAUUAAAACUAUUUAGUGUUUAGUUAUAAAUAGCCUUCAAAAAGAUAUAUUCUCCAUUACACUGUCAAUCGCAUCACAACCCAUGGUGAAUGAUGUUACUACAUAGCAAAAUAAAAAAAAAUGGCAAGUGCAUUGAAA